UUAGUAGAAUAUAAGAAAAAAAAAAACAGGAAACGGGCGUGAUAAAGAGCCAGCUUUGAUACUAUUUUACAGUAAAAAUUAAGGACUAUACAACACUGGAAAAACGAAACUAGCCUCACAAUUUGACAUUUGUUAAGUCUCGACAUCGUAAGCGCGGACCUGUUGACUGGAAGCAUGCGCUGUUCCGUUUGUUGUGGUUGCAUGAACGCGCACGUUGCAAUCUGUCUCUCACGAAGCACGGGAUUAAUAUGGCGAAUAAGGCAGAGUUGAAGAUUAACCGUGAAUUUGCUGAACGUUACGAUCGUUACCGGCAGCGGGAAGAACUACAGAAACUCAAAGACCGCUAUGGCAAUGCUGAUCUUGACCAAGAGUCAUCCAGUUCUGAGUCAGAUGACAGUAGCGAAGUGGAAUUCGAUCCCAUAUUGGAUAAGGAUUUUUAUCGAACACUGUCUCUGUUGAAAAGGCGGGACCCUGUAAUUUACCAGAAGGAUGUCAACUUCUAUGAAGACAAAGAAUCUGGUUCAGAUAAGGAAGAAAAGGAAUCCAAGAAGAAGAAAGAAAAGCCCAUGUUCCUAAAAGAUUAUGAACGGAAGGUCAUUCUCGAAAAGGGCGGGAAGUUUGAGGAUGAGGAGGAGUCUAGUGAAGAUGAGAUCGCUGUAAAGGAAAGGAAGAGAGCUGCUUCUCCAAGUUAUAUGGAAGAACAGAAGCAAAUUCGUGAGAGUUUUCAGAAGUUUAUUGCAGACAACGAUACAAGUGAGGAUGAAGAGGGAUCUGGUCUGCUCAAAAGGAGAAUAAAAACCAAAGAAGAGGAGGAUAAAGAGAAAGUAGAUUACCUGAACUGGCUGAAGGGGCAGAAGGAACUUGAGGGAAGAGAGGAUCUGCAGGACCUGAAAUACCUGAAGGAGUAUUGGAAUGACCCAUCCCUAGAUGAGGGGGAAAGCUUCCUGAGGGAUUAUAUCUUGAACAAAAAAUAUCUGGAUGCAGAGGAAGAAGACGAUGACAGGAUUCCAACGUAUGAUGAAAUAGUGCUAGAAGAGAUGGAAGACUCUGAGGAUGAAGGGGAACUUUUCUUAAAGAAGCAGGAAGAUUUUGAAAGGCAAUACAACUUUAGGUUUGAGGAGCCAAAUGCAGAUGUGAUCAAGACAUAUCCCAGGAAUAUUGUAAACUCUGUAAGAGUAAAAGAUGAGAAGAGAAAACGAAAACGAGAAGACGUACGACAGAGAAAAAAGAAGGAGAAGGAAAAGAUAAAGGAGGAACUGAAACAACUGAAGAACCUGAAACGAAAAGAAGUUAUGGACAAGUUGCAGCAGCUGAGGGACAUAACUGGGAAUGAAAAUGUGGGAUUCACUGAGCAAGAUUUGAUGGAGGACUUUGAUCCAGAGAAACAUGAUCGAAUCAUGCAGCAAUUCUUUGAUGAUAAUUACUAUGGUACUGGAGAGGAGGAGAAGCCUCAAUUUGAAGAUGAAGAAUAUCUUGAUGAUGAAUGGAAUUGGGAUAGCUGGACUGGCAAUGAAGGAAAAGAUGAUACUCUUGGAGAGGAAGAGGAGUAUGAAGAGUGGCAGGAGGAAGAGGAAGCACCACACUGCGAGGAUCCUGACUUUAUUAUGGAUGUGGACUAUGACCCAGAGCAGAAGCCAAGCAUGUCUAGAAAACAGAGAAGGAAACUGGCACAAGAGAAAGCAUUGCUGGGGAAAAAGAAACAUAAAUCUGCUUUUGCAGAGACGAUUAACAAAGAAAAACCAGCCUUUGAUCCAAGUGAAAAGACUUUUAAAGAAUACCUGGAUGAAUAUUACCGCUUGGACUAUGAAGAUAUUAUUGAUGGCAUGCCGUGUCGCUUCAAGUACAGGGAAGUAGUACCAAACGAUUUUGGACUGUCGGUGGAAGAGGUCUUGUCUGCGGAUGACAAAGAGUUAAAUAGAUGGUGCUCCCUGAAGAAGACUUGUAUGUACAGGUCUGAACAUGAGGAGCUUCAAGACAAGAAAGCAUACCAAAGGAAAGCUGAAAACACCUGGAAGAAAGAGCAGAUUUUGAAGUCGCUCACAGUGAGGGAAGAAGAGGCCAUGAAGAAGCAGCAGGAAGCAAAAACAAAAGUUGGGAAGAAGAGACGAGACAAACAAAUGCAUCGGCAAGAUAUUCCUAAAGAGGAGGAAGUGCAAAUGGAAGGAAGAAGGCCUAAGAAACAGAAAUCCGAACUGAACAUUGGAGUGGAAGAAGAGGAAGAGCUAUUUUUACUACCCAAGGACCAUGAUGGUACAGUGGAGGUUCCAGGCAAAACCGAGAAGAAGAAAGCUAACAGUGAAGAUGUUCCUGCACAGACCAGGGCUGGGCAGGAAGUUCUGAUAGUUGCCCCAGAAGCAAGAGAUAAUGUAACAGGCCAUGCAAAGAACAAACGAAAAAAACUCAGAAAGAGACAAAAAAGGCUGCUUUUGGGUAACAAGGUAAAGUUGGGAGGGUGGGAGUUCAGCAAUCAAAGACUGCGGGCUUAUGGCCUCAACCCCAAACGCAUCAAAUACAGACAAAUGCACAGAGAGAAAAUGAAGAAAGAGAAAGCAAAACAUACUGAUGAAGUGAAGGACUAACCACAACAUGCCAUGGCUGAUGUCUGUAGUUUGCAAACAUUGAGUCGUGGACAUUUUAAUAGAAGUUAAAAAAAAAUUACCAGAAUAAGCCCCCCUGGGAGUGACAUGAUGACUGUUUAAAGAAACUUGCACGAAGUGCAUCAGGGUUGGUUAGGUUUCGAUAUGAUGCGGUGUGAGUGCCUCAUGAGAAAUGCAGACUGAAGAGGAAGUCGAAUUGGUGCCUUUGAUAAAGCUUAGUGGUCCAUGAACUGACUCUUUUUAAAUUGCCUUUUAAAAGUACAGACCCGUGGGGCAGAUGAAAUAAAUUUGUACAAGCAGACAUGCAUCACAAUUGUGAGGUUCUGAAAUUAAGCGGUUUCCUAGGGUGUGGUUUGAAUUGGAUAUAGAUAACAUGUAAAAGAAUGCAUUUGUGCCAUGACUCCAUUUAACGUUCCCUGGGCUCUAUAAGUUUGCAUGCGAAGUAGCAGCAAUGACAAUAAGGUCUGAGCUGGUCCUUGGUUUGGUCAGUACUGGUGUAUUAACACUGGAUUGCCUGCUUUUCCUUAGAAACUGAGCAUCAGACUUUUCUCUCAAGGCUCCAGCAUAAUGUCAGGCAUGAGCCUCGGGCCUCCAGGUGGAAAUGUAGUGGCAUGCUACUACCUGAUUGAGCUGGCCGGUAGUCUGGAUUGUGUGCCAUAAGUGACUAGUCAGGAAAGCACACUAUUAAGGGAUAAUGCAGCAUUUGUUGCUGAAGUGCUACGUAUUUCAAGGGCUGUUUCCAGUUUAAAUUGCUAACUAGGGAUGUAGAGUAUUACUUUAUUCCUUCAGUCAUCUAAGAUGCAAGUUAUCUGAAUGAAUGUUCUCCUUUACUUAGGAUGUAGUAUUUUACUGGGAUCUGGCUCUGGAAAUCUUGAGCUUUUGGUCCCUCCUGCCCUUAAUUAGAUAAGUGUGUGAUCCUGACUUCCAUGUGUAUAUGGGUCAUGCCCAGAAGCAAGAUUCGGCUUUACUGUACCAUUCCAAGUUGUGUUUUUCUUUCCCUGGUCAUUUAAUGACGGUGUUUAGUUUGCUCUGAGGAUGUAAUUUAAGGCGCUACUUUUGAUAGGUGCAUCUGUAAUUGAUCAAUUUACUUAUUAUGUUCUGCACCAGUACAACAUAGCAUGCAUUUGAAAAGAUGUUGAACACAGUACCUUGAUUCUGAGUCUAACUUCAAUUGUUUUUCUGUGAAGCUCCUGAUACUUCGUGUUUAUGUACGAAGCAGAGAGUAGGUUUAAGGGUGUAACACCUCUGCUGUGUGUGAUUGUUCUGUAAAAUCAAGUUGCAGGCAGAGCCCUGAUUUUCCGUGGAUUUACUUCAUUUACAUGUUGUAUAUUCUCAAUUACAAAGAAGAAAACGUGUUAAAUCAUGUACUUAUAGGUAACAGUCCACAGUAAGAACAGCAGCAGCAGUUAUCAGUGGUGUGACACUUUUGGGAGACGGUGUUAAUAUUCAUCCCCCAAUGUGUGAAAUUUUAGAUUCAUACCCCUGGUGGUACAAACAGUCCUUGAAUGCUGUCCUGUAGUGACUUCAUGGGGGGCACACAUUGUAUGCAAGCCCAGUCCUCAUUAAAAGUGGAGAUGGUCCUUGCUGCGUGUUGCAUCUUCCUUUGGUGACUUGUACAGCCUUAAGUCUCCAGCAUUUUACGUGGAAAUUCAAUUACUUCACAAGCUGAUUUCUAAAUUAGUUUGAAAUUUGACUAUUGCACAAACAGAUUGGCUUCCUAAGUGACUUUAUUUUGUUUGAACCUGUAGUUGUACCACUUAAUUGUCAGUACUGUAAUUUUAUGGUCCCCUUCAUGUGCUAUGUGGAGAGUAAGAUAUGGGCACCUGUAUGCAUUUGUGUCAUCUUUUUAUGUAGCCACGAUUGUACAGCUCUUGUAUGUCUCACUAAUGUGAAAGUAUGUUGUCAGAGGUAUUUGAUUAUAUUGAUAUUCAUUGUUGACUUAAAACACUUGUGUAAUCAUUGUAUAUAGAGGGGGUUCCAAUUUUUAACCAGAGUAAUGCAUGGCUAUACUGUGUAACUAUUUUCAUUUAGACAUCACUGCUGCAGUAGAGUGUUUAUCCUUAGAUAAUAACAGUAGGCAGAUGGCUGCCAUCAUAGGUUUAACUUCCAGCACUCUUUGGGCAUCUCCGUGGUGCAGCUGGAUUCCUUUGUUUCCCAGGACAGCAGGUAAACAUGAACUAAAAGGCAGAGCAGCCUAUUUUUAUAUUCUCUGAUUUUUUUGUCAAAAAAACAGUUGGUUGAAAGUCCAUAUAUCAUUUCUAGGCUUCUUCCAGAAAGUAAAUACCCUGUUUGGAAACAGUUUUCAUGGUAUUUAAAUUGGCUUAUUGUAUAAAUAUCUGAUUAAAGUUUUUUUUUUCAA